AAGAUCACGGACCUCCUCUAUCGGGAACUUACCUAGCCGUUCACUCGAGGCACCGACGUGACGCACAGGCAUGUCGCUUCCUGUUCUUCUUCUUCCUUCGCACUAAACCGAAAAGAAACGAGGGGAAAGGAAAAGGAAGCCAAGCAAGCACGUGCGAUGGUGGCGGCCGAGCUCGUGCAGGAGCACUUGAGCUCGGAUGCCGCCUCCCCACCUGACCGCAUCAGCAAGGUGGAGGAGGGGGCGCUCGAACCCAGCCUGCUGUCCGACGACGCCGGCGACGAGGAGGAGGUAGCGGACGAAGGCGACGCGAUGCUUCCCGACGGAGGAAAGGAGGAGGCGACGAUGAAGAAGAACGAGCAGAGUGGUGUAGAAGAAGUGUGUCGCGCCAAGACCAAGCUGUACUGGCAGCGAUUUGUCGUUCUGGCCGUGUUCAGCCUGUAUUCAAUGGUCAACGGCUUCCAGUGGAUCCAGUACGGCAUCCUGGCCAACGUGUUCACGCACUUCUACCGAGUGGACAACAACAAGGUGGACUGGCUGUCCAUCGUGUAUAUGCUGGUUUACAUACCGCUCAUCUUCCCGGCCACUUGGCUGCUGGACCGCCGAGGCUUGCGCCUCACCGCUCUGCUGGGCGCCGGCCUCAACUGCGCCGGUGCUUGGCUCAAGUGCGCCAGCGUGGGGCGAGACCUCUACGCCGUCACCAUGGUGGCACAGGUGGUGUGCUCCGUGGCGCAGGUCUUCAUUCUCGGCCUGCCCUCGCGCGUCGCCUCGGUCUGGUUCGGACCUGGGGAGGUGUCCACGGCCUGCGCCACUGCCGUGCUGGGCAACCAGUUGGGCGUGGCCAUCGGUUUCCUGUUGCCUCCCGUGUUGGUUCCCAACACAUCCGAAGACGUGGAGCUGACGGCGCACAACAUUAGCGUCAUGUUCUACGGCACCGCCACCGUCUCCACCGCCCUCUUUAUCCUCACCAUCAUAGUGAUGAAGGACCGUCCGCCACUCCCGCCCAGCCAGGCGCAGGCCGUCCUGCCCGAGGGGCCCCCUGAGGACUAUUCGUACCGCCAAUCCAUCAUCAACCUGAUGAAAAACAAAGCCUUCGUCCUGCUGCUCAUCAGCUACGGCAUUACCACGGGCUGCUUCUACUCCGUGUCGACCAUCCUGAACCAGAUCAUCAUGACCUGCUAUAAGAAUGAAGAGUUGAACGCGGGGAGGAUCGGGUUGACGUUGGUGGUGGCCGGCAUGGUGGGUUCCAUCCUCUGUGGCCUGUGGCUGGACCGCACCAAGACAUACAAGAUGACGACACUGCUGGUGAACUGCUUGACCCUUGUGAGCAUGGUGAUCUUCACCUUCACGCUGAACCUGAACAUCCACGCGGUCUUCUUCACAGGAGGCCUACUCGGCUUUUUCAUGACGGGAUAUCUUCCUGUGGGCUUUGAGUUUGCCGUGGAAAUCACCUACCCGGAGUCGGAGGGAACGUCGUCUGGACUCCUCAACACCUCAGCGCAGAUUUUUGGCAUCAUUUUCACGCUGAUUCAAGGUUGGCUCACCACGAAUUACGACGACGCCUUGCCAGGAAACAUCUUCCUCUGCAUUUGGAUCUUCUUGGGCGUCGUGCUCACCGCCUUCAUAAAGUCUGAACUGAAACGACAUAACGUCAACAUCGGGGUGACCGGCAAGGACCAAGAGGCGCCUCCUACGCAGUCUAUGGCAGAGGAAAAGGCCAACCUGGAACCUCCUCUCGGCUGCGCCAGGGAAACGUCACUGUAGCCAGGACCUGCUCGAACAUCCCGCACGACGCCAAGGCGGCCAAGGAAUUCUUGAGUGGUCUCAUUUUUGGACGCCAGACGGACGAGUGCAUGGUUCGUGCGUGUCCGUGCCAGCGCUUACUUUUCCUGAGUAUACUUGAAUGCAUCCCUUGCCUGAAGGACAUUGGGCAGCAAAGGUGAGGGAAGCGGCGGACGGAAGAACGAACGGACGGAGUCUCCGUAACGAUCCGCUUCGGUCUGGUCUUUACGCGUCGUCCAACGAGUUGAGUGUAAAAUAUAUGCAAAGCCCGUUGAGCAUUUAUUUAAUCAUCUUGAUAACAAGCCUACUCGACUUUUCGUUUGGAACAAUUAUGCGAUCUCCAGCUUUAGGUCCAACUGAUAGGGCAUAAGUGCCACUCGUUGUGGAUAUAAUGGAGAACUCGAACUGAAUCGAUUUUGCUCGUCAGGACAAAAUGGAGCUUAGGAUGGAUAUCAAGCAUGUUACAGAAAUGCUAAAACUGGUUAUAUACACGCAGUCGGUGUGCACAACUACUACGCACAACUCUACAACUUUUUAUACUUUACUGCGUGCGUGUGUGUGUGUGUGCGCGCGCACGUGCGUGUGUAAGAGAGUGUUCAUGAUUUGAGAACGCCAUCAUGUGGUCACUUAAAAUGUUGACACUAGUGUUAUUUUUAAACAGUUUCCCUUUUUUGCCUCUUGCUGAAUUGAAUCAUUCCUUUUAAGUUAGUGAAUAGUUUGUCAGUUUUGUUAGAAAUAUGAACUUUCUAGAGUUUUUGCUCGUUAAUAUUCAGGCCUUUUGGCUGGGAUUAAAUUGCGUUCAUCAAAUUAAUUAUUAAACACUGUAAUUGAUCAAUUGAAAUCCAAAUAAUUCUGUUGAGCCUAUUCGUUUUUGUUACUAUCCAUGUAUUUAAUUCACUAUCAGAUCAAUUUUAACUAGUUCAGAUUAUUGUUUAAGAUGUAUAGUUAUAUUAAAAAUAAAAAUUCACAUUUUAGUGUCUUUUUAAAAAACCCCAAAUAUAUUUAUUUAAUUUUGGCAUUGAGUGAGUUUAAUGUACGCAAGCACAAUUUACAGGUCAUUUUAUACUUUGCUUAUUAGAUUUAUUUAUGAAAGGUAUUUGCUGAACUAAUCAAAGCAUUUGGUAGUUGUUGUGUUUUUUUAAAUUGUUGUUGCUCAUGAAAAUGUGACAUGUUAACUUCUGUACGAGCUGAGCCGCAUUUCUAACUUUCUGUUUCUGCUACAAAUGAAAAAAUCAUUUUGUGUGCUCAACACUGAAUAGACUUUACAGUAGAGUUCAGGUUAUGUGUGUAAAAAAAAAUGACCAAAAAAAAACAUACAGAAACAAUGUUACUGAAUUCACAAAUGACUCGUGAAAACGUGACCACUCAUUUACUAACUGCGAGGUCAGUGCUGCAAAAGGACGGAUGGAGAAUGACUGCAGAUGUGGUUGAAAGUGUUUCUUUUGUCAGCUUGUCAACUUCUGUUGGGGUUCGUAAUGUGAUCUCCCAAAUUCUGCAAUUAUUAUCUUGGAUUCCUAAUGACUGCCUGUAGUACUGCCAAUGAAACCUUGAGCGUCAUUAAACGACAAGUGACUUCA